UCUAUAGGCUUUGUGUUUGUAUCUGUUCUCUCUUCUUCACAUCUUCUCUUCUCUUGGCUUUCUCUCUCUCUCCUCCCUUUGCUAGCUCUUUCUCUCUCUUCUCAGUUCGAGGGAGAGAGGAACAAACCGGUCCGGUUAUCUCUUCUUCUCUGCUCGACAACCAAUAGCUUCCCUCCCUUAUUGUGUUUUUUUUUUGGCAGGUUCUUACAUGGUAAUGUGGGUUUGACUCACUUCUCUGCUAACUAACGUUCUUCUCUCUAUGGAUUCUUCUCUCGAUGUAGCAGCAGGUGACUCAUCAAAAUGCAGUCAAAUGAGUGUUGAUGAGAAGAGACAGCUUGUCUAUGAUCUCUCCAAGCAAUCACACCUAGCUACCGAAGUGUUGCAGGCAUGGAGCCGCCAAGAGAUUCUACAGAUCCUAUGCGCUGAAAUGGGCAAAGAGAGAAAGUACACUGGCUUGACCAAAGUCAAGAUCAUUGAAGCUCUUUUGAAACUUGUAUCCGAGAAAAACUCCGGAGACUAUGAUGAGAAUAACAAGAAGAACAAGAAGAAGAGAGAUUCUGAAUGUUUGCCUGUUCAGAGAAACUCAAAGAGACAAAGGAAAGUCGAUGAACCUACUCGUUAUGUGGCUCCAACUAGUAACAACAAUUCCUCAGGGAGCUGCAACAAUGCUAUCUACUGCAACAACUUGGCUUGCAGGGCUAUAUUGAGAGAGGGAGACUCGUUCUGCAGAAGGUGUUCUUGUUGCAUUUGCCGUAAGUAUGAUGAUAACAAAGACCCUAGUCUCUGGUUAACAUGCAGCUCAGACCCUCCCUUUGAAGGUGACUCAUGCGGAUUCUCUUGUCAUCUUGAAUGUGCUUUCGAGAGUGAAAAGUCUGGUCUUAAGGAAAGUGAGGGUGGUUGCUGCUUCUACUGCGUCUCUUGCGGUAAACCAAACAGCUUGCUUGAGUGUUGGAAGAAGCAACUGACUAUUGCUAGAGAAACCAGAAGGGUGGAUGUGCUUUGCUACCGUCUUUUAUUAGUCCAGAAGCUUACAAAGGGCUCUAGUAAGUACCGGAACCUGUGUGAGGCUGUUGAUGAAGCUGUGAAGAGUCUUGAAGCUGAUGUGGGUCCUCUCACUGGUCUCCCUUUGAAAAUGGGUAGAGGGAUUGUGAACAGACUACAAUCAGGACCUGAUGUGCAGAAACUUUGCUCUUCUGCUCUUGAAUCUCUUGAAACACCUCCUGAAGUUGCUGCAUUGCCUUCACAACGCAGCUCCAAGAUGCAGCACGAUUGUUAUCAUGGACUGAACAAUGAGGUGUCUGCAGAUACAGCAACCACAGUAUCAACCAAGAUCAGAUUCGAGGAUGUUAACGCCACUUCACUCACUGUGAUUCUAGCCUCCAAUGAAGUCACCUCACCUGGGAACAUCGUUCAUUACAGUAUCUGGCAUCGUAAGGCCACUGAGAAAGAGUACCAGGAGAAGUCAACUUGCACAUUGUUUACACCAAACGCGAGAUUUGUUGUCUCUGGAUUAGCUCCAGCUUCUGAGUAUUGCUUCAAAGUCGUGUCCUAUAGCGGAACACGAGAGCUUGGAGUGGAUGAGAUCAAUGUCUUGACGCGUAAUGAAGAAGAAAGAAGCGAGAGCCCUCUCACGAACUGCAGCACGUUGUCUUCUAACCCUUCUUCUGUUGAAGCUGAGUCCAACAACGGUUACAUUGUUCCUCAGAACGAGAUAAAAAAUUCUCCUACUGAUGAGAAUGCUGCUAAAAGGACAACAGAGAUUGUGCAGACUGAGAAGAAAGAAGCUGUUCCAGACAAGAACAGAGAAACUCUAAACCCGGUUACUACGACAAAUCUUUUGCCUAUUACUCCCUUCAGGUCAGACAAAACCAAGAACCGUCAAGCUAGAAAAGGAAAGUCUGUUAAAGAAAACGGUGAUCAUCAUUCAGCAAACGGAGGAUCAGAGAGCGGUUUAGAGCAUUGUGUGAAGAUCAUAAGACAGCUCGAAUGUUCAGGACACAUUGAGAAAGAGUUCAGACAGAAGUUUCUGACUUGGUAUGGCUUGAGAGCGACGCCACAAGAGAUUAGAGUUGUGAAGAUAUUUAUAGAUACCUUUGCUGAUGAUCCCGUGGCUUUAGCUGAGCAGCUUAUUCAUAGUUUCAGCGACCGCGUUUCGAGUAAGCGUUCUGCGAUUGGUGGUGGUGGUGCGUCUGCGGUUGUUCAGUCUGGUUUCUGCAUGAAGUUAUGGCAUUAGAUAUUUGGGGUUUAAUCGGUUUUAUUAAAAGUAAAAAAAAAAAGAACUUUAUUUAUCAUUAUUGGAACAUUUCCAUGCAAGAAAAAUGCUUUUGGUAUCGAAUUGUUUUGUUUUUCUUGUCAGGAUGAUUAUUUUAAUGGAUUUUAAAUCCAGUUAUAAAUAGUAUUAGGCUGAAUCAUUUA